UCUUCUUCCUCUGCAUUUCCUAAAAAAGAUCAUAUUUUGUAAAUCCAAUUAAAGAAAUGCUAAACUCAAUUGUACAGUCCAUCUACACAUCUCCCUGCUUUCAAUCUCACAAUACCAUUAACUUCAACAACCCAACUUCUUUACUGCCCAAUUAUCAUCACCCAUCAAUCAACACAUUUCUUCAUCUUCCCAAAAGAUCUUAUCUUUAUAGCAAUACCAAAAGAAAUGGCACACUAAAAACUAAAUCAUCUUUGAUUGAAACUCCUGUUUUAUGGGCUGGUAGGCUUUGCAUCUUCUAUGCCCUACUUAAAUCUGGUUUAGCUGGAUCAAAGGAUAACCCUCUUGUUUCAGGUUUGGAUGGUGCUGGGGGGUCUGGUGUUGAAUCUGCUGAUUUGGGUUUUUCUAAGUGGCUUGAGAACAUACAAGGGAAACCAGACAAGGAAGCAGCUGACAAAAGGAAAUUGGUGAGUAAAUGGCAUCCCACAACAAAGGGAACACUUAGGAGGAAUUACAGGGUGCCUUCAAAAUCUGAAGGAAGGCGCCUUCUUAAAGAGAUUGCGGCUUUGCUGUCGGACGAUGAUCACUUUGUAGAUGCCACAUCCCACAAGGGUUGUCAAAUAAGGAGGGAGAGCGCUCAUGGGGAAAGCGUGUGCUGCAACAACGUAAGGGCGCUUUUUGACGAACUCCCAACCCCACAUCUGGUUGUGGAAAUCACAGCUUUCCCGGCAGGUCCUCUAACAGAAAAGGACUACGUCAAGGCUGAGAAAUUAGAAAGAGUGCUUAGAUCAGGUCCUUCCAUCUGAAGGUAUGAAUGAGAAAUCUGUUGAUCUGUUUUUGUAUGUAUCCAAGCUUCUUCCAUUUGUACAUAUGGGACUAAUGACUGAAACCUCCUGCUUUUAACUUCGGGUUGGCGUAGUUGUUUGAUUUAUGUUAGACUAUUAAAUUUACUUCUUGUUUAAUAAUAUAGAAAUUUACUUGAUUUA